AUGCUGACGACCGAGGUUGAGCCCCUCCACCUCACCUGCACGGCGUGGGCACGUGUUCGAUCGGGUUGUCAUGGGCUUUAUCUAGGCUGUACUUUACAGAAGGCCCUUGCUGAUCGAAGAGGGGAUGGGUGUCCCAUUGUCCGAGGCGACCUUCAUCAUAGGGUUAAUGAUGUUGUUUUGUCAAAGGAAUCUCAUGCAUUACCUGUUGUGGAGACGCCUUGGGCCCGCCCUCUGGGGCCAUCGUGGUUGUCGGCCGGUGGAUCAUCGUACAAGUACUUCUCGCGCCGCCUGGACAGGCCUCUGGACAGGCCUCUGGACAGGCCGCUGGAUAGGCCAUGCUGGCUGUCCGCGGCCUGUCUGCCGCCCGCCCACCCCCUCGGCGGCGCCCCCCUCGGUCCCGGCCGCGAGCCCAGCUGGCUGCCGUGCCUCGAGGCCUCGACGAGGGGGGUUGGCCUGCCCACCGCCUGGGGGGAGUACGGCGGAGGCCCCAGCGACAGAUCAGCCGUGAGCUCGUACGGCCUGUGCCCGAGCAGGACACCUCGGAGGCUGGGGGCAGCCUGCCUCUCGGCCUGCCCGGAGCUGAAGCGGGCGCGGGCGGCGCUGGCCUCCCAGCCCGAAAGGGAGUACUCGCAGGUGGCGCCGUGCGAGCUGCAGGAGGUGUUCAAGAACGAGCGCAUCAUUGACGUGAGCAGCCCCUCGGAGCCGGACUCUCUGCUGGAGGCGCUCUCGGUGUCCGGGCCGCUGGAGCCCGAGCUGCCGCGGGGCCCGGCCACCUCACCGGCCGGCACGCCGCCGCCGCCACCGCUCCAGGCGCAGCCCAAGAAGUCAUACGGGGAGGUGUGCCAGGAGGGCGGCGCGGCGUGGCUGGUGGACGCGGUGCACCUGCUGAAGCAGUACUACCUGAAGCGCGCCCAGCUCUGCCUGCAGACCAACAUCGCCGCCUCCCACCACCAGCUCAACGUCCCCGAGCGGGACGUGUGCCGGAGGGACGUCGGCGUCGGGGACGCCGUCGUCACCACGGCCGAGAGGUGCGUGGGCACGCCCCAAGCCCCCGGGCGGGUGGACGCGGCCACGUCGCCGAGGCCGGCGGCCGGGACCGCGUCGCGCUCCCUGUCCACGCAGACGGCCCCGGUGCUGUGCCAGCCGCAGGCCGGGCCGGCGCACAGGAGCGGCGACUACCACUGGCUCGCCAGCGAUGCCAUCCGCCCCGACCUCACCUUCUACGUGAGCUGCUUCGAUGAGGCGGACCGCCGCGUUUGACGCCCAGUCCCACCCCGCCACGCCCCGCCGCACCCCGCCACGCCCCGCCACGCUCGCCGGGCCGGGCGUACGCCGGCUCGUCCCUGGGCCGCGUCCAAGUCGUACACGGGCUCAACGAGCGUCGCGUAGCGUCGCGGCGCCGUGAUCUGAGCCAAGGGCAGCGCCACGAUAUGAGGGAGGGGGAGAGGCGAGGGGGCUGCGGCGCCGUUGGGGCUGCGAGGGCCGCGAGGACCAGAAAGCGUUCUUGUAGUAAUGUAAUCGCAAGUUUCACAAAUUUGUUCGUUUUGUUGUAGUGCACGAGUGCACGUGCACAAUGUCCCCCCCUGUACAAAUAAUGACGUGACAUGUUGUUUGUU